AUGCCAGUUCCAGACCAGUUCUGUGACAGUAAGAACUCCAACAUGUUGAGCCCAGUUCUAAACGCCUCCAACGGGGAUGGAUCCGAGACAGAGACGACCUCCGCUAUCCUGGCUUCCGUUAAGGAGCAGGAGUUACAGUUUGAGAGACUGACCAGAGAGCUGGAAGCCGAGCGGCAGAUUGUGGCAACCCAGUUGGAGCGAUGCAAACUGGGAUCUGAGACUGGGAGCGUCAGCAGCAUCAGUUCUGCUGAUGAGAAGUUUCGCUGGAACAAUCAAGACGGACAAAAGGACAUAGAAGAAGAGCUCACCACUGGGCUGGAGCUGGUGGACUCCUGCAUCAGAUCUCUGCAAGAAUCUGGCAUUCUGGAUUCCCAGGAGUUUGCAGCAGGUGAAAGAGCCGGCAUCCUGUCCCAAAGUGCUUUACAGCUCAAUAACCAGGAGGGUACCUUCCCCUAUGCUGCUGGUUACCAUAGCAGCCAGACCCUGGCCCUGGGAGACCCGGCGACCUCCCAACCCCUAGCACGCGGUGCUCAGGUGGGAGGAGCCGUGCACAGCUACAAUCAGGUGACAUCUAACCGUACAGCCCAGCUGGUGGGCAAUGACCCGGGUGCACAUGCCCAGUCCCGAGACUCAUUGGCACAGAGCCAUGGCAGCGCUUUCCACUUGCCUGACACUCAGCCCUCGGUCUAUUACUCAUGUGCCACCCUGCCAGCCCAACGUGUGAGCUCUCCGCUUACCAUGCAGGCCCUGGGAUCACCCUCCAAACUCCAAAGGCUUGGCUCAGCCUCGGAUAUGCCCAGCUACGCCACCCUGCAGCGGGUAUCCUCACCCAAGCAGUCACCCAGUCGCCUGGCCAAAUCCUACAGCACCAGCUCGCCUAUUAACAUGGCGGCCGGAGGGGCAGCAUCCGCGUCACCUGGGCAGGCCAUUACCACCGGCUCCUCCCCCUUGCACCAGCUCAGCUCAGCUGUGGGCAGCUACGCCACACUUUCACCUGCCAAACGGUUGCUGCAUUCCUCCGACCAAUACAAGAUCUCCCACGAGCUCUAUGCCAACGCCACCCUGCAGAGGCCGGGCAGUCUUGCAGGCUCCCGGGGCUCCUACAGCAGUCAGCACAGCCACAUGGGCACCGAGCUGCGCCCCCUGCAGUCUCCCGAGCACCACAUCGAUCCCAUCUACGAGGACAGGGUCUAUCAGAAAGCACCACUGCGGAACUUCACCCAGGGUCAGGCUCCGUCCUCCCCUGGCGUCGAGCCCAUCCCCCUGCAGCGCACAGGCAGCCAGAACGCCACAGGCACCUUUCCCCGCUCCAAUUAUGCCGCCGCACCCGACUACGCCAACCCAUAUCGCACGCUGCAGUUCUGCCCCUCAACCGACUCACCCUACAGCAAAUCAGGCCCUGCACUGCCACCAGAGGCCACGCUGGUCAGGUCACCUUCUGUGGACAGCAUCCAAAAGGACCCCAGGUACGACCCUGAAUUCCUUGUCUGGAAUCAAAAUCAAGCCGAACAAAGAAUGACAAAAGAGUUUGGUUGGAGGGAUCCUGAGUUGCCUGAAGUGAUCCAAAUGCUACAGCACCAGUUCCCAUCUGUGCAGUCUAACGCUGCAGCCUACCUGCAGCAUCUGUGCUUCGGAGACAACAAGAUCAAAUCAGAGAUACGUCGACAGGGCGGCAUCCAGCUACUGGUAGACCUGUUGGAUCACCGGAUGAGUGACGUGCACCGCAGCGCUUGUGGCGCCCUGAGGAACCUGGUCUACGGCAAAGCCAACGACGAUAACAAGAUCGCACUGAAGAACUGCGGGGGCAUCUCGGCCCUGGUGCGCCUCCUCCGCAAAACCACAGAUGUGGAGAUCAGAGAGCUGCUCACAGGGGUGCUAUGGAACUUGUCCUCAUGCGACGGGUUGAAGAUGCCUAUAAUCCAGGAUGCUCUGGCUGUGCUCACCAACACCGUGAUCAUUCCGCACUCUGGCUGGGAUUCCUCACCUCUCCAGGACGAGCGCAAACUGCACCUCCAUUCAUCUCAAGUGCUCCGUAAUGCCACCGGAUGCCUCAGGAAUGUGAGCUCGGCGGGAGAGGAAGCACGACGCAGGAUGAGAGAGUGCGAGGGGCUGACGGACGCGCUGCUCUACGUCAUUCAGACCGCACUGGGGAGCAGUGAGAUUGACAGCAAGACCGUAGAGAACUGCGUGUGCAUCUUGAGGAACCUGUCGUACCGGCUAGCGGCAGAGACGUCUCAGGGGCAGCAGCUGGGCACAGACGAGCUGGAUGGGGUGCUGUGCACUGACGCCAGCGGGAAAGACGCCGAGAGCUCCGGCUGCUGGGGCAAGAAGAAGAAGAAAAAGAAGAGCCACGAUCAGUGGGACGGCGUCGGUCCUUUUCCAGACUCCGGCGAUCCUCCGAAGGGGCUGCAGAUGCUCUGGCACCCGUCCAUCGUGAAGCCGUACCUCACGCUGCUGUCAGAAUGCUCCAACCCGGACACGCUCGAGGGCGCUGCAGGGGCUUUACAGAAUCUGGCGGCAGGCAGCUGGAAGGUAGGCCCCACCCCGAAGCCAUGGUCAGUGUAUAUCCGGGCAGCUGUGAGAAAAGAGAAGGGCCUCCCUAUCCUGGUUGAGCUGCUGAGAAUCGAUAACGACCGUGUGGUGUGUGCCGUGGCCACGGCACUCAGGAACAUGGCUUUGGACGUGAGGAACAAAGAGCUCAUCGGCAAGUACGCCAUGAGAGACCUGGUCCACCGCCUGCCAGGAGGCAACAAUAACAGCAGUGGCGGCGGCGUGGGAAAGAGCAUGUCCGACGACACCAUCACAGCCAUCUGCUGCGCUCUUCACGAGGUCAUUACCAAGAACAUGGAAAACGCGAAGGCCUUACGUGACGCCGGAGGCAUCGAGAAGCUUAUAGGCAUUGCACGCAGCAAAGGAGAUAAACACUCCCCUAAAGUGGUGAAAGCCGCAUCUCAAGUCCUAAAUAGCAUGUGGCAGUACCGGGAUCUGCGCAGCCUGUACAAAAAGGAUGGGUACUCUCAAUACCACUUUGUGGGUUCAUCCUCUACAAUAGAGAGAGACAGACAGAGACCUUAUUCUUCCUCUCGCACUCCGUCCAUCUCUCCAGUGCGGAACUCGCACAAUAACCGCUCAGCGAGUGCUCCAACCUCCCCUCGAGAGAUGAUGAGUCUGAAGGAGAGGAAGACGGAUUACGAGUUGACUGGGACUAAUCCCGGUUACCAUAGCAACAAGGGUGAGCACACCUCCAGGAAGGACGCCAUGGCAGCACAAAUCUCCAGUGGGACUGCCACACUGUUCCGGGGUGCUUACGUUUCUCCCAGUGACGAUCUCAAACAUAACCAGGUGUCUGCUCAAGGUAAUCCAUCAGAGGCCUACCCUCCCUUCCAGACUCCUCCAGGAGCUAAUUUUGAGGAGAAUUAUUAUGAGGACCAAGCGCAUCAACGCCCCCCGGCAACCGUGGACGGCACCCUGCACCUCGGCCUCAAGUCCACCGGCAACUACGUGGAUUUCUACUCAGCCUCUCGGCCCUACAGCGAACUCAACUAUGAGACGAGUCACUAUCCCGCCUCGCCCGACUCCUGGGUGUAGAGGCAGCGAGCAGGGCUGAGGAUCAGGGCGAAGACACGCAGACCAGGAAACCAGCCCGCAUGUGCAUGAACACAACCGGACACACACACACACACACACACAAAACCAACACACCAACACACACCUUCAGUUCGAACGGAAGGCACCAAUUCCAACUGAGCUCUAGAUUCACCGUGGACAUUGAGGACACUUUAACAGAGAGAAACGUUCUGGAGAAAGAAGGCAAAAGGAAGACGUUUUACUGAAGAGAACACGGAAGGUUCAUAGAAGGUUUCGCGGAGCAGAGAGGAUGAGGGGAAAGAAAAUGUAAGCGUGAUAGAAAGGAGAUGGGGACAUGAAGCACAAGAACGUCACACGUCAACACAAGCUGAGGAAAUAGAUCUGACACAUUUUUAGGACAUCUGUUUGAGUUUGACCUGCUUUUUAUGGAGUGCUCUCUCUCUCUCUCUCUCUGUCUCUCUCUCUCUCUUCACAAGGAGAUUUUUAUCUUUUGGGUUCAUUAUUUUUAUUUUGUAUCUCCUCUUUUUAACUUCUUAAUUCUAGUGUAAAGUAUUUGUUGUAUAUUGCAGAUGUAGAUACAAGUUACGUUGUGUAUAUUACAGAAAACGAAAAAGAAAACUGGUGUGUCCUCCCAUGUGGCUCAUAUUAUUAUCAUUUUAUUUGGUAUAUCUGGAAAACAGAGGAAAGGGAUACUCCUGCAGUGUCUUCUUUAGGUAAGGUUGGUUUUUUGGCACCACAGAAAUUAGGCUUUGAUUUUAACAUCUUUUUUAUUACAUUUUUUCGAGUACAGUGACAUCACCAUUCCAUGCACAGGAUGCUACACUGCCUGGCAAGAGUUUACCGAAAUAACAUUUUGCCUCUUUUUUUAUUUUGUUGUUGUUGAUGUUGUUCUGUUAGGGUUUAUUGACAGGUGGCAACGAAUCUCUGUUCUGUUCCACUAUGCUUCCAGUGAUCUGUGCUCUGUUUUUGUAAAAAUGUGCCAAAUGUGGUCAUCCCCCGAACCAGCGGAUCGCUACUGUGCUGACAUUGAAGUUUACGUUCUACACCAUCAUCACUGGUUCCAACAAUACUCAUUUUUAAAUGCCUUUUUUUUUUACAUUCUUACAGCAUAUCCACGCACUGCGACAAGACUUGGAUAACAAUUGGAGAGACUCGGUGUCUUAGCACUGAUGUCCCUUCCAAGAUGUAUAAUUCAUUUAUGCUGUGUUGUAAUAUAGAUGACUGAGCAAAGCAGUUUUUAUUAUUGUUAUUAUUAUUAUUAUUAUUAUUAUUAUUUCCAGAAACCAGUAGUUUUUAAGCUCAUCGUAGACUAAUCUGUCAAUAGAUUAUGAAUAUAUAUUAUAUAAAUACAAAUAUAAAUAUAUAUAAAUAUAUACUUUUUAUGUGCCGAUGUGGAUGUCACCUAAUGCAGCGACUUUGCAAAAGGAAAAGAAAAUACUUGUAGGAUUGCGUUCACGUUAUUCUGGUCCUAAAUUUCCUCCAAGCUGUUUCCCUCCUGUUGUUAUGUUGUUGCCGUGUGGAGCAGGUGAGACCAGGGCUCCAGACACCCAGAGCAAUGAUGAGGCCAGGUUUCUAACAUAGAAACGGUGCUAAAACACACACAUGCGCGCAUCAUUUUUUUUUUUUUUUCUCCCUGGGUAACGUGUUUACUUUCACAAUAUUAAAGCUGUCUUGAACGGGGUUUCAUCCCCAGAGUGAACGCGAGGGCCCCUAACAAUGCCGUCUUCAUGUUUCUAUUAAAAAAUACAUAAAUAAAUAAAAAAAAACAAUUUGCAACACUGCAAAAAUUUGCUGCUAGUCUAGACUUGCUCCUAGAAAGAGUUAUUUUCACUCACAGCUGCCCCCUCUCCUUUUUAUCUCAGGAUAUCUUCUGUUGGUUCUGUAAGCGGCUAGGGGAAACGAUUCUUCCCUCAGAGAGCAGGCCAGACUGAAAGACACUGCGAGUAGCAGUCAUGGCCUCGCGUCAAGCUCUUAUUUAACCUGAAGCAGUUCUGAAGUGUGGCGGCAAGCCCUGGUCUUCCCUCCGUAUCAUUUUGAGCUUAGAGAUAACUGUCAGAGGCAAGGAACCAAAUGAUCAAUCUCCUGAAUUUGUCUCACAUAUCUUUCAGCACUAUCAGUAGUAAACAAAAAAAAACACACACACACACACACACAAACACGAAACAUAAAAAAAAAUGCACAGUAAUUGUGGAAAAAAGUAGACAUGUCUGAAGACUUGUAUUGGAAAUGUAAGUACAUUUUUAUGUUGCUAGACAAAGUGUUUGAGAGAAUUGUGAACCUUUUUAUUGCCAGAUUGCAACUGCUAUAAGAUAUAAACUGACU